AUGUAUUGCGUCCGCUUCGCCACCCUCCUCAUCGCCAUGCUGGUUAUGGUGAGCCCCUUCGCGCAGGCACGUCCCCUUCACGGUCAGCACCGCACUCCUGGCCACCUUCUUCUGCGUCACACCAGCAACUUUACCAACUACGAUCAUCUCGUUCGUCGUCAGUAUGGCUAUGCCUCGAGCAUCUCGCAAAAUACACCUCGCGUUAGUGUAGUCCGCCGCACAACCAGCGACGAUCAGGGCGAUGUCUCACUGCAUGACGAUUACGAGUCGCAGCUGCACGCCCUGGAGGCUGCAUUGAAGCAUUACGAGGAGUUCGGCGAUGCGAAGAGCCUUCAGACAUAUCUCAAUGGCUUUAUUGGCGCUGGCCAUGGUGCUGCUGUUACUAGUGCCAAUGGGAAAGGCAAAGAUGCUCCUGCUCAGGAUGAUAAAAAAUGGAAGAAGACCGCGGCCAAACAACAGAACGACGCGGAGAAUCAGGAAGGUCAACAGGUAAAGAAGCCACAUGUCCAUCACAAGCAGGAGAACAAGCCGAAACAAAUCGGUGACGACUGCGAACCAGGUUCGGACGACCACGAUGGUGCAAACAUAGACGGCAGUCAGGCUUCGCAAGGCUCUUUACAGCCUCAGCCCCAACAGCCGACCACGCAGCAGCAGACGAAAAAGACGAAGAAGGUACCCAAGAAGGCUCAUGACUCCUCCGACGACAGGACCCAGCCUUCCACUUCUCCUUUUCAGGCGCAGCCGCAGCCGCAGCCUGACCAGCCCGCCUCUCCUGAACUACCCUCAAUUAACGGCUAUACUCCGCCUCCCUUCACCACUCACCCGACCUCGCCCUCCACCGCCUCCCUCUACACAGCUUCGCCCUUCACCGGUCACGCGACGUUCUACAACACCGGCCUCGGCGCGUGCGGUAUCACCAACUACGACAACGAGCCCAUCGUCGCCGUUUCGCGCGACGUCUUCGAACAGUACAACCCGUCGUCGGGCAAUCCGAACCACAACUCGCUCUGCGGCAAGAAGAUCGAGAUCAGCUGGAAGGGCAAGAUGACGCAUGCCUUUGCUACGGACGAGUGCCCUGGGUGCGAGCCGCACAGCCUGGAUUGCAGCCCGAGCGUGUUCGAGCGGUUGGAUGAUAAGGACAAGGGCGUGUUGGACGGAAUUAGUUGGCGGUUUGUGUGA